CCCGACGCAUGUGCGAAACUGAUAAUUAUAAUAUCUGCUGACCAAAAGAUCAGUCAGUCAGUUUGCCAUAAACUUACAGCCAGUGAAGUCGAGAAGGAAUCAAAAGCAAACAUGAACAAGUCAUUCAUUUUACUUUUGGCUCUGUGCCUUGUCAGUGUUCAUGCUUUCGUCAAGCGUGACGCCGACAAGCCCCUGGACUUGGAGACUUUACAGAAAGAUUUCCAAAACAAAUUGAGUGAAUUCGGAAAACAACUGGAAACCACUUUCGACCCAGAGAAGAUCAAGAAGGGACUUAAUGACUUGAUUGACGGAAUCAGUAAGGCAACUAAGGACGGCAAGGCGACCUAAACCGAAGAAAGAAGAUAUAUGUAGAUCCAAAAAUUAUUAAUUCAAUUUACGAUGAACAUAGUAAACAUGUUACUAAAUUAAAUUUAUAUGAUGUUAUUUAUAAUAUAGCCUUCAUACAAA